AUGCGAUUUUCGACGAUGUCGGCGAUGAAGUACGUGCUUCAGACAUUGACGAAACCCGAAAAACCCGAGGUGCUCAAGUUUCUAAUCGACAAUUUCCGUGUGGACGAGCCGCUGACUCGAGCGGCUCAAAUGAGCCCGAACGAGGCGGAAAUGUGCUUCAACGCGGUCAUGGAUCGCUGCUUGAAGCAUCCAUUGUCAGUGGUGGCGCGUUGUAAAGAAUCCGACGAGAUCGUCGGAUGUAUGCUCAAUUCGGUGUGGCGCAAAUCGGACGCGUUCGACGACGUCGCGGCGAAACGCGACGACUUCACGUUCGGCUCGGAUCGUUUGCCGACGCGAACCGUCGCCGAGAUUCUCAACGAGGUGCACUCGAAAUUCUGGAGCGUUCGACCGCGUCACGACGUCGUCAUUCACUUCGAAAUUGUCUCCGUCAGCAAACGAUUCCAACGUCAAGGAAUGGCGUCGAAGAUGCUCGAAUGGACAGAGGACGUCGAGAAGCUCAAGUCCGUCAACGCCACGGCGAUCAUGGCCGAAGCGACGUCGCUCGGCAAUCAGGUCCUGCUUACCCGAAAAGGGUACGAGAUCAUCCAUUCGUUGAAGCUCAACACGAAACGCGAUUCUGAAGGCCGGCAGAUUCUCAACUGCGACAACGGCACCGAUCGGGUCCUUCUCGUCGUGAAAGAAUUUGAGUAUUAG